AUGGCCCUUGCCAGGGCACCGCUGGUUUCGGGUGCACAAGGUGCAAAUACCGAGGCUGAGCGGAGGCUGGGACCACUUCGCGCAAGUCAGUCAAAUCCCGAAGAUGAUCCGUCCAAGGAUUUGACCGUCUUGACCAUCCUCUACCUGGAAAGGGUUUCUCCAGCCAGUGAUCAGAAGGAUGCCUUGCAGCUGAACUCCCUUCCCAACUCCGGCUCAAAGAACCAGCAGGCAGGGAUUCUCUCCUUUCUCAAACAUCCUUUGGUCGCAGACAUCAUCCCGAAAUCAGUGAAUGUGUUGAGUGAAGAAAUGGGGGUUCUGCCCUUGUCCCGGCAGAGCUGCUCGUUACGUGAUGCCUGGGCUUUGGCCAGCUGGGGACGUGGCGUGCUCCCCUCGAAUGCACCACGUGGCUCAGAGUGGCGUGACUUAGCUUCCAGGCCGCUCAUCACUUGCUCUCGCUGCUGCAGUGUGCAAAGGCUUUGGCCACACAUCUUCUUCGCGAAGGGCCGGGUGCUGCCAAGCUACCGGACUGCUGACACAGUCGAUUCAGUCCUUCCAGUCGAUGGUUUCAACCACCUGGUUCACCUGCCACGUGGGCCAAAACAAAGCACAAAAGGGAGUUUAGACAGCAGAGAUUCGAAACAACAAGCAACUGUGUGU